AUGUGGUUCCUCCAUGUGUUUGUGGUGACCGCAGUUCUUCAGUGGUCAGUAGUGACCGGGGAAGGCCAGACUAACCAGUUCACCCUGUCACUGUGCAGGGUUUGGGAGGAGUGCAUUGAGACAGCUACUAAGAACAGCUUGGAGAACUCUGAACUGGGAACUCCUGAGGCGAUCUGUGGUGACUUUCUGAAUAUGUUAGAGAAGCAUGGUGUGGAUUGUGGAACCUCACAUGGCCCUGAAGAAGAGAAAGCUGGGGUUGAACAGGUGCUGUCCUAUCUAGACCCUCUUCCCAGUAAUGAGGAGCAACAGGAAGAGUCGACCCCUGGCAAUGAAGAAGAGACAAACAGAAGAGUUCGCGUCUCCAAGCAACACCUUCCACACAACCGUCCUGCCAACACUGACGAUGUUUGGCGAACAACAUACUUUGACGACUGCUCUGAGUGGUAUACUGCUCAAGCAACGUUUGGUUCGAUAUCUAGUGGGGUGUUUUCUAUCAAACCUGUGAAUUUUAACGGCCCAAUCUCUGUAUACUGUGAUCAGACCACAGAUGGGGGAGGGUGGACGGUCAUACAGAGGAGGUUUGACGGGUCCCUUGAGUUUUACCGUUAUAUCGGUGCUUAUCAAAAUGGAUUUGGAGACUCUAGUGGUGAGUAUUGGCUGGGGCUAGAAAACAUCCACCGUAUAACGGCCCAGAACGCGUAUGAGGUGUACAUAGAGCUCGAAGACUGGUCUGGGAAUGUGAAGUUUGCUCGAUACUCCAGGUUCUCAGUCGGUCCAGGUAGUGAUUACACCCUGAGUGUGGGAGGGUACAGUGGGACAGCAGGGGAUGGGUUUGGGAUAUCAGAUUUCUUAUCUACCAACAAUGGUGAAAAGUUCAGCACCCAUUGGUUCGACCGAGACACUUACUCCUCCGACUCACUGGCAGAACUUUACGGUGGUGGCUGGUGGUACGGUAGUUACAGCUACAGUAACCUGAACGGUCCGUACUUCCGAGACACCGACGGGUUCAACAGUAGCAAUGGUGUGGGCGUUCGAUGGGUUCCUUUCAACAAUGACUGGUACUAUUCUCUAAAAAAGACGAAAAUGAUGGUCCGUCCCACUGACUUCAGUACCAGGGUACCAAACAUGAGGCUACAUGUAUGA